CGUUUUUCUCWACGCAAAUCUGCGAGUUGUGUAAUAGCUACCACAGGAAGCCCAGACCACCACAGCAAGCACAGAACAAUCGAUCAGAUCACACGCGCGAUUCAACAUACGAUAAAAACACUGAAAAGGGAAAGUAUUAUGAGAUGGAUUCCAACGAAGAAACCCUCGUAAACCAUUCAAAACAACCUCUAGUAUCACCACUGACUUCCAUUCGAGAAGGACGAGCAAUAAUUCGGGUUCCAAAGACAGGAAMAUCGAAUGUGUUCUAUAAUCCAGUGCAGGAGUUCAACCGAGACAUCAGCAGUGCAGUAGUCAAGGUUUUUGUCGAUAAUAUAUCUUUAUGGAAAUCCAAAAAUCACAAAGAAAAGAGAGCAGAAAGCUCGAAUAUCAGUACACAAGGAGAAAUAACUGAUUCUGGAAUCACACUUUUAGAGGGAUUAUCAGCAACAGGUCUCCGUGCUGUGCGAUAUUCAUUAGAAGUUCCAGGUAUUAAAAUGAUUAUUGCCAAUGACAUCAGUAAAGAGGCUUUCCAACGCAUACAAAAUAACAUUGCUGAAAACAAUGUGGACAAUAUUGUAACAGCUAGUAAUCAAGAUGCAUCACUUUUAAUGUAUCAUCAUCGUUACCCCACAUCUAAAAGAUUCACAAUGAUUGAUAUUGAUCCUUAUGGUUCAGCAGCACCAUUUUUAGAUGCUGCUGUACAAGCAGUUGAUGAAGGAGGCUUGUUAAUGGUUACAUGUACUGAUAUGGGUGUUUUGUGUGGUAACCAUAGUGAUGCUUGUUAUGGUAAAUAUGGUAGUAUGUCAAUCAAGUCAAAAUUCUGUCAUGAAAUGGCUUUAAGGAUUCUCUUGUCAUCAAUUGAAUCACAUGCAAAUCGAUACAAGCGAUACAUUGUCCCUGUGUUGUGCCUGAGUGUAGAUUUCUAUGUUCGUAUCUUCAUCCAAGUCUUUACCAGUCCAUCAGAAGUGAAAAAGUCACCAAGUAAACAGUCAUAUGUGUAUCAUUGUGUUGGUUGUGGUAGUUUUCAUUUUCAACCAGUGGGUCGAUAUAUAGAAGAGGGGUCAAGCAAAAAAUACCCACCUGCUAUUGGACCAUGUGUGGGUAUGACCUGUGAUCAAUGCAGAAACAAGUUCCAUGUUGGCGGCCCAGUUUGGACACAACCCAUGCAUGAUACAAACUUUUGUAAAGCUGUAAAGGAAAUGGUCCAAGCAAGUCAAGACAACUAUAAUACAUCACAGAGAAUAAUAGGUAUGCUGACGAUGGUCGAAGAAGAAYUGCCCAACAGACCGCUGUAUUAUUCAUUAAAUCACCUAUCCAACGUGCUACAUUGCAACACUCCGUCCAUCAUCCAGUUCAGAUCUGCUCUUUUAAACCUCGGUUAUGAUGUUUCUGGGACACAUGCAUGUAGUACCGCUAUAAAAACCACCGCUCCUAAUUCAGUUAUCUGGGAUAUAAUGCGAUGUUGGGUCAAGAUUCAUCCUGUUAAACGUAAGGCAGGUGGUAGUCCAKGUACUAUCAUACUCGACAAAGAACCGCAGCUUGAAGCAACCUUUGAAACUCAUGCUGAUGCCAACCCAUCCUCCMGGAAGAAAGGUCUACUCAGAUUUCAGCCAAAYCCUGAAACUAAUUGGGGACCACAAACAAGGGCUAAACGAAACACUACAGAAGAAACUCAAGCAGACAAGAGACAGCGAUUACAAGGCAAGAGAAAGCAUCCCAGUGAAAACCAAAUAUCUUUGAAAAAAUAUGCUUGCAWAAGGUUUAAAGUUGGUAAAUGUGAUUUAGGCUAUUUUUGUCGAUACUCACAUGAUGAACAAUGCACUGAAGAAGAAGGAAAACACCAGACUGAUGGAGUUACUGCUGAUGACCAGGUAAACACUGAGGAUAAUACAGCACAAGAUAACAAAAAUAAAUGUGACAAGAGUCCUUUUCGACGGCACUGCAGUAUCGAUUUCCAAAGGCAGMACUCUGUUACAGAAGCCGAACAGUCACUUCUUUUUUGAAAACCUUCAGGACACUCUCACUUCUUUCGCCUCUAAGUUGGACAGAGGCAUGCAACAUAUCAGUUGUUAUAGUAUGUCACAGUGUUAGGGGCGCUUUCCAUAGGUAGACAGGCUAGAGAAAAUAUGGUCAUUUCUUCUUUCGUGAAUUUCUUAUUACCAUACUAACACGGUACUUUUACCGUGCCGUGA